GGUCAUUGGAGGGGGGUACAGACCGGUUGCCUUUCGAGACCCAAGUUGGGAUUUUUGGGUUUGAAGGAUGAGUUCCCUUGGUGUUGGGACGGGAGAGGAGUUGUGUGAUAUUUCUAUUCUUAUUCUUAUUUUGUUUGUUUUGAUUGAGAGAUGUCGAAUAUGGGGUCGAGAACGAAAGAUGAUGAGCCGGUUAAUCUUCUGUCGCUGGAUGGUGGAGGUGUACGAGGUGUUUCGUCGUUGGUGAUUCUGGAUCGGAUUAUGGAAAAGAUUCAGAGGAGGGAUGGGCUGGAAGAGAUACCGAAGCCUUGUGACUAUUUUGAUAUGAUUGCUGGGACGAGCUUAUCGCAAUCAUGUUGGGGGAGACUAAGGAUGUCUACUACUGAGGCCUUGAAGGCAUACGACGAUUGUGCUGCGAGUAUCUUCAACAAGAAGAACAGGAAGACGGGGCAGGUGUCGGACAAGUACAAGUCCACUGCACUGAAGGAAGCUGUUCAGAACUUGGUCAAGGAGAGGGGAAUGGGGGAGAUGAUGAGGGACCCGGAAAAUCCCAAGAAGGGGAAGGUGAUUGUGUGUGUGAUGCCUGCGGAUUCUGUUGCGACGGGGGAGACGAAGCUGGAGCUGGGUGCAGGUGUGCGCAAGGGGUUAUUCAUUGACGCGGCAGUUGGCUUCAACAAUCCGGCAAAUUACCUUUUGAAGGAGGCGCUGGAUGAGUUUGGAUCUCGCCGCCGCUUUGGAUGUUUGAUCAGUAUUGGUACGGGUACGAAAUCGACCGAGACUGUGAGGGUGAAGACUGGAUUCAAGAACUACACGAAGGCCUGGGAGCAGCUUCAAGGUCUUAUUGGGAUGGUCAAGAAUGUGGCUACCGACACGGAGACGUCACAUAAGCAGAUUCAUGACAGGUUUUCACGCUUUCCUGGGUCGUAUCAUCGGUUCAAUGUACCGGAUGGUGCCAAGGAGGUUGAGCUGGAUGAAUAUAAGAAGAUUCCGCAGCUCAAGGCCUUGACUAGGGAUUACCUCGGUGGGGAUAGUGUAGGUCGACAAAUACGUGAGGUGGUGGAGGGCUUGGGGGCUCGUGGCAGGUUCAAGCAUGGGUUGACUUUGGGCCAUGCCUACUUUCCGGACAGUGACCAGCUAUUUCUCUCAGACAGAUCCAAGGCGAUGGGAAUACCGAGCAGCUUCUUCAUAGGGAGACAAGAUGUGCUGAACAAAAUCGAUCAAGUGUUUUGCGAGCGCGACACAGGAGGAGUUCCAAGGAGGGAAUUUCUUCUGUGGGGGAUAGGAGGCGUUGGGAAAAGUGAAGUUGCCCUCAAGGCAGCAGAGAACCUGGAUGGAAGUUUCAAAUAUAUCUUUUACGUCGAUGGGUCAGAAAGAUCUACGAUUAUUCAUUCGUACGCCGAGAUUUCCAAACGAUACAACUUGGGCGGUACCAAUCCAGAAACAAUGUUCCACAUGGCACUGGAAUGGAUGGGGCGCUUGGCAGACGAAUGGCUCUUGAUUUUCGACGACUGCAACUUGAGUGAGCGCGCCGGUUUCAUACCGGGCAGAGGAAAGGGCAACAUCAUCUACACAUCACGCUUCAAUGGCCUUGAGCACAACUUCCCUGCACACCUUGUCUACCACGUUGAACCUCUGGCCGAGAGGGACGCUGUUGAACUUUUUUGGGAGCUUCUGGUCUCUUGGAUGUGA